GUGCACUUUGAGAAUUUCACCCACCCUAUCAAAACAACCCCAAAUUCACAAAUCACUCUCCCUACUCUCUCUCCUCUUUUUCUCUCCACCCCAUCCCAAACAUCUCAUCUCAUCUCAUCUCAUCUCAUCUCAUCUCAAUGUCAAGUUUAUGGAGAGCAGCACUAAACCGAGUCAUAGGAACCGAAACAACCGGAUCAACUACCUCACCCGGUCCAGACUACGACGGAACCGAAUUCUGGACCGAACCAGAACGAGCCGGUUGGUUAACCAAACAAGGUGAAUACAUCAAAACAUGGCGUCGUCGUUGGUUCAUAUUAAAACAAGGUAAACUCUUUUGGUUUAAAGAAUCUAUUGUGAACCGGACCUCUAAACCGCGUGGUAUUAUCCCGGUUUCUACUUGUUUAACCGUUAAAGGUGCUGAAGAUGUUUUGAACCGGCAAUUUGCUUUUGAGCUUUCAACCCGGUCUGAUACUAUGUAUUUUAUUGCUGAUUCUGAAAAGGAAAAAGAAGAUUGGAUUAAUUCUAUUGGCCGUUCUAUUGUUCAACAUUCUAGGUCUGUUACUGAUCGAGAGAUUGUUGACUAUGAUAACAAGUGAUUUUUUGUGAUCCGUCAAAGUUCAUUCAUCAUACAUCCGAGUGUAUCGUAUCCCGAGUGUAUCAUGCUAAGGUUUUAAUUAUUGGGUGAGGGAAUUUAUUAACUAAUGUUGUGUUGUUGUUUUUGAUUUUUGAUUUUGAGUUUCUAGGUUGUUUUUUUUGUAUAUGGAAUUUGUGUUGUUAAUGCGAAAGUGAAUUUGGGUACUGAAAAGGUGUGAUCUGCCGGAGUUCAUUCAUCAUAUACCCGGGUGUAUCAUGCUAAGGUUUUGUUUUUGGGUGAGGGACUUUAUUAACUAAUGUUGUUGUUGUUUUGAUUUUUGAUUUUGAGUUUCUGGGUUGUGUUUUUUGUAUAUGAAAUUUGUGUUGUUAAUGCGAAAGUGAAUUUGGGUA